AUGACACCAAUGACGCCUGGAAAAGGCGGCCCGAUGAAGCGCCGAUUGCCGGCUGACGGCAAUCAGACGCCUCGGGAGCAGCAAGAAGAUGAUGGAACGAAGGCGAUUUGUAGGGAGUGCAACAGUGCGAUGUGCAGAAAUGAUGCUUACUUGCUCGCCCAGCACUCUACGACGCACAUCCCCUUCCAGCCCUACGAUUGUAGCGUUUGUCCUUUCACUGCGAAGCUGAAAAUGGUUUUGAAGAGACAUCUGAAUGCCAAACAUCAGGGGUCUGGCCAAAUCUUCGAUAAUCGCACUGCUGAAUACUUUGAUGCACUCGAGGCGAAGACAAAUGCCAAUUUUCCCGGACACUCAGCGGCAAUUACUAAAUACAUUGAGGGUCAAAGAUCUGUAUCAGGGAUUCAAGAUGAUUUCGAUCACGAGGAUGAUCAUCAACAAGACAAUCGACAAGUUGCUGGUCUCCUGGCAUCUGACGAGAAAGAAAAUGUGCCCACGAGGACGGAAGCUCCACCUUCGAUUCCUGCUACUCCCUUGAUCAAACACGAAUGGGAGCCAAUCGCCGAGCCACAAUCCAAGAAGAAACAUGCUGCUCCAACGCUUCCUCAACGCGACGUCAAGCAAGAGGUGCCCGAAAUUGACGUGGGCGUGGGCGUCGUGGAAGCCGCGAUCCCGAUCGAGCAGCAUGUGAAGCAAAAUCUCCCGAUUGAGCAAAAUCUCGUCGAGCUCGGGGACAACAACAACAGACCAGCCGAAAAAGCGAACGCGCGCCCGGAUACUCGCUUGGAGGACGCCUUGAUGACGGUUGAAGGGAAAUUUGCGAAGACGAAAGCCGAAAUGGCCAAAAUGCGCGCCUCCAUGGAUGAGCAACACUCCAACGUGCACGGCAUCGGCACCGACAUCGCAUUCGUGAAACAACUCGCCGAGGUCCAAAACGCCGAAAGCCGUGCGGAAAUCAACCGCCUGAAGGCCGAGAAAGACCAGUUGGCCAUGGAGAAUCGAAUUCUUCGACGGGAGAAUGCCGUUCUGAAGGAGGAACUGGGCGUUCCC